AUGUGCAGGUGCCGCAGCUUCUUGUGGGGCAGCAGCUGGCCUCCGGAACCUCACGCCGAGCGUCUUGGCUUUGCUCCUGCUGUCGCCCUUUUAAAAAACUAGGAUCCCGUUCCCAUCCCUAUGGAAAUGGACCUGUACCAAGCAUUCUCUGAGAUGAUGCAAAGCAAUGUAGAAGACGUUGAUGCAGAUGACGGGGAGGACCCCCAGCUGUGCAGUGACUACGUGAAGGACAUCUAUCGCUACCUGAGGCAGCUUGAGGUGCAGCAGUGCGUGUUUCCCUUGUACCUCGAAGGCACAGAGCUCAAUGGGCGCAUGCGGGCCAUUCUGGUGGACUGGCUGGUGGAGGUGCAUGCGAGGUUCCAGCUGCUGCAGGAGACCCUCUACAUGUGCGUCACCAUCAUGGAUCGCUUCUUGCAAGCCCGGCCUGUCCCCCGUAAGGAAUUCCAGUUGGUCGGCGUCACGGCGAUGCUCCUGGCUGCGAAAUACGAAGAGAUCUAUGCCCCGAGUAUUUUGGACUUUGUCUACAUAACUGACAGAGCAUACCAGGCCGCUCAGAUCCGUGCGAUGGAGCAGAACAUCCUUAAAGAGCUUAACUUUGUCCUGGGCCGGCCACUGCCACUCCAUUUCCUGAGGAGAGCAGCCAAAAUUUCUGACCCGUCUGCUGAAUCGUACCUACUAGCAAAAUACCUGAUGGAAUUGACCCUGCUGGAUUACGAGAUGGUCCAUUAUAAUCCUUCGGAGAUUGCUGCUGCGGCUCUCUGCCUGUCUCUGAAGGUCUUGUCACAAGGCCAGUGGAACCUCAAGCUGCGCUAUUACACGGGGUACGAAGAGGAGAGUCUGAGCCCUGUCAUGGAGCACAUCGCCAAGAACGUUGUGAGAGUCAACAAGAACCUAACGAGACAAGUUGCAGUCAAGAAGAAGUAUUCCAGCAGCAAAUUCCUGAGGAUUAGCACCAUCCCUCAGCUGAACUCCAGCGCCAUUAAGGACCGUGCAGCCUGUUUGCUGGGUGAAUCCAGGCAGCUACUAUGUGAGUGCAAGCCAUGUUCUAUGUGAUCAGUCAAAGACAAAGUGCCCUUCUCGAUGCAGCCUCCUCAGGCCUUUUAAAGACGGA